AUGAAGAUUCCCACAGUCGAGGGCCGCCUGAUCCGCGCGGUUCCUCCAGCAGCAGUGUGCUUUCAGAACAACACAACCUACAACUCAACGGCAUGCCAAGAAGUACUAUCGCAAUUUACUUCCUCAGCUUUCCACGCAGCCGACCCAGUGAGUCUUGACACUCCAGACGCAUACCUAGGAUGUCUCCCUCUCCACGCAAACGGCACGAGCUUCCUAGGUGAACCCUUCGCAGGACGACGCGGUUGUCAUGCAGAUGAUCACUACCCUGCCUAUGUCAUCAAUGUGACUACCACAAGCCACGUCCAAGCCGGUGUGAAGUUCAGGCUCAACGUCAAGAAUACUGGUCAUGGGAGAAGUGCGCAGCCGGACAGCUUGUCGAUUUGGACGCAUUGUCUGAAGAGCAUGGAGUUCUCGCGGAAUUGGCAGCCUGAAGGACGUCCGGACAAUGACACAGCUUCCCGAGCAGCUAUGACUUUUGGUGCUGGCGUGCAGGAUCGCGAGGCCUUCGAGGCGGCUGCUGAGCACGAUCAUGUAGUUGGGGGAGGGACCGACAGCACUGUUGGUUUGGUCGGAUGGCUCAGCGGAGGUCAAGGUGCGAACAAUGUCCUCGAAGCCGAGAUCGUAACACCAGCCGGAGACAUCGUGGUCGCCAACGAGUACCAAAACACCGACCUUUUCUGGGCCAUUCGUGGAGAACUGAUCAGCCUGAGCGUGCAAGCUUACCCAGUGCCAAGGACCUCACUGUGGUCGCUUGCUGUGAGUGCCAACAACGGCACGACGGACGCGGACUGGUACAAGAUUGUUGCACGAGCCCUUCCUGCCGGUGGUGGCCCAGGUGCUUCGAGCUCCAGGCUGCUGCCAGCCAGCUCCCUAACAAAAGAUUUGGAUGGACUUGAAGCGGACGACGGGCAAAGUCAAAAGAGCACUGGGCGGCCUGUUACGGACAUUAGCUAG